CAUGCAUACAAUGUAGUACAUGCAUGUAACACAGUGAAAUUUUCUAUCAGGGCGUCAAACAAUUUUAUUGCAAAUAAAAUUGUUAAUCUUUAUGGUACGAUGCUGUUGAAAGAAAUUAUUUCAGAAUAAUAUAGUCUACGAAUACAUACAAUAUUUACAAUGGUUGUUGUAAAGUUGGAAGAGAACAUUGAAUGUAAUUCAUUGAUAUCAUUGCUUGUCGUGCCGAUUUAUUAGCGUUACCUUAUAUGUUGCUGAUCGAGUGAAAGAACUUAUAGUUUUAUAGAAUUAAACUUGUUUUACUAUUAACUGCGAUAAAGUGAUACGGUAACCAAUGCUAACCAGUUUAAUUGGGAUUGCGUUUUUUCAAAGUUAACGCAUCGAUAUGUGGCUGUAGAAAAUAAUGAGAAAAGCUUUAAAAAAGAAAAAAUUCUCGAUGAAAUUACUUUAUAACAAAGAUUUAUUUUUUCCCUGAUGCUUUAAUAAAUAUCAUUUACGAAAGCACUAACAAGCGUUAACAGUUUUUCGCUUGUCAACUUAUCAGGAACACCUGUGAAAACCUGUGUAUUGGAGGUAGUGCAACGGAUCAUGAAUUUCAAGAUUUUUGCCUAAAAGAUCUUUGGAUAUUUCCUGUAUUAAAUAAUAACCAUUUCAUUUGUAACAUACAAAACAAAUAUCCUAACACACAGUCCUGUAAAACUGUAUCUGUGGUUGAUUAUUGUAAAUGAACUUGAAUUAUAAAUAUUUUACUAUUUUUAUAUUAUAAAUAACAAAUAAAUACAAUUACAGUUUAAUUAAUUUUAUAAAAAGAAAUUUUUAUUUUAUAUUUCAUGCCCGAAAGGAUUGAUAUGCAAAGCAUUUAAAUAUAUUUGGUAGUUAAUGAGUUCAUUUUGCUUCUUUUAUGUAAACUAUUUUCAGAAUACCUCGUUCUAUAUUAUUCUGGCACAUAGUAGACAUGAACUUGCUUAUAUAACUGACGUUAGAUUGCUGACCUGAUGAAUUUAUUUUCAAUGACAUCUUCUGAAUGUGGUCAGCAUAGCAGAGAGGCGGUGUCGGGAAGGUGGUUGACACGCCUUCAAAUCUUUGAGAUGAUUGAAAGCGUAUCUCGUAGAGCGUUGAGUGGCUCCAGUGGGAGCUACCACGUUCGUGGUGCUGAAUUAGCAAGAAAUCGUAGGCUAAAAUCUUUAUCAGCAACUGUUGUAUUCCUUGAUGAUACUCAACACACAUUUCAAUUAGAUAAAAGAGCAAAGGGUCAAGCACUAUUGGAUUUGGUAUUUCAACACUUGGAACUUGUUGAGAAAGAUUAUUUUGGUUUGCAAUAUGCUGAAAAUGGAGCUACAACCUGUACAUAUUCACCCGAUGUAAUGAGGUGGCUAGAUCCUAGUAAGCCAGUUAAGAAGCAGAUAAGAAGUAAGGGCGGACAAUUUUAUUUUAGAGUGAAGUUUUAUGUAUCUGACCCUAGUAAAUUACAAGAAGAAUAUACUAGAUAUCAAUUUUACUUACAAAUACGAAGAGACAUUCUUCAAGGAAAACUUCAGUUACCACCGAGUACAGCGUGUCUUAUUGCCAGUUAUACUGUUCAAUCUGAGUUAGGCGAUUAUCAUCCAGAAGAACAUGGUCCAGGAUAUCUUUCGAGGUUACAGUUAAUACCAGGACAGACUGAGGAAAUGGAAAAAAAAAUUUCUGAAUUACAUAAACUUCAUAAGGGUCAAUUACCAGCAGAUGCAGAAUUCAAUUUUUUAGAUCAUGCAAAGAGAUUAGAUAUGUAUGGGGUAGAAUUACAUAAAGCUAGAGAUUCAACGAAUAAAGAAAUACAAUUAGGUGUAACAUCUAUAGGCUUAGUAGUAUUUCAAAACGGAAUAAAAAUCAAUGUAUUUUCAUGGUCAAAAAUAGUUAAAAUUUCGUUCAAACGGAAACAAUUUUUUAUUCAACUCAGAAGAGAACAGUCAGAAAAUUACGAUACAUUACUUGGUUUUAACAUGCAAACAUAUCGAAGUUCAAAAAAUUUAUGGAAAGCAUGUGUCGAGCAUCACACAUUUUUUAGACUUCACAGUCCUAAAACGAGGCCAAGGCGUUUUCCACUUACCUUAAGUAGUAGAUUUACUUAUUCAGGGCGUACUGAAUUCCAAACAGUUGAAGAUGGAAAGCAUAGAGCCAGGGUGGAAAGAACGUUUAUUAGAUCUCCUAGCAAAAGAUUAGUACAUGGGGUAACAUCAGCUUCGAUUAUUGAAGAAAAAGGAAAAUUAUCUAUACCCCCUGGAAGACCUCCUAGGCCGUAUGAUAAUAAAGUUCAAUCUCUUGGUGCUCGUGAACCUCGUCAAGCCUGGGGUGAAGGGAAUCCUAGUGACGAUGAAGGCGGCUUUCUGUCUCUUCGAGAAGAAAUAACAGGCUCGCAUACCCAGGGAAAUGCAUUUUCACCUGUAUUAGGAUCUAGAGUUUUAAGUUAUGUGGACGAUGAUACAACGGCCGAAAGAAAUAUUUAUGAUCUUCCUGAUUAUAGUGAACCUACAAGUUCACCUGCUCCCCAGAUAGUGGAAGAUGGAUUAGUAACGAUAUCUUUAACGCCAGAUGAACAGGGUCGAUUUGGGUUUAACGUAAAAGGUGGUUUAGAUCUUGACAUGCCUAUUUUAGUAUCCAGAGUAGCGCCGAAUACACCUGCCGAUCGUUGUUAUCCAAAAUUAAAUGAAGGAGAUCAGGUAGUAUACAUAAAUGGGAUCGAUGUGAAUGGAUUGUUACACGAACAUGUAGUGAAUUUAAUUCGUCAGUCUCGUGAUUCGGGCUCAGGUGAAUUGACAUUAACAGUUAGGCCAAAUGCUUUGUACAAUGCUUUAGCGGGUACUGAUGAAACGUCCGAAGAAGAACCUCCAUAUAGAUACGUUCCUGAUGCACCUCACGCAGCUAUUGGAUCAGAUGCAUUAGCACAAUCAAUGUUACUCCUUGCUGAUGGUCUAGCAAGUGGUGCCUUAAUUGCGCAAUACGAGCAGUUGUACAGAAAGAAUCCUGAGCUUACAUCUCUUGAAUCCAAGAAGCCUGAAAAUCAGAGCAAAAAUCGUUACCGAGAUAUCUCACCAUACGAUGUUACUCGAGUGAUACUCAUGGGCUCUGCGAGCGGAGAUUACAUUAAUGCUAACUAUGUGAAUAUGGAAAUACCAGGAUCGGGUAUUAUCAAUAGAUACAUUGCUACCCAAGGACCAUUGUCUUCGACAGUAGCUGAUUUUUGGCAGAUGGUUUUAGAAGCAGGCAGCACUCUCGUUGUAAUGCUUACAACUUUAGUUGAUCGUGGCCGAGCAAAAUGUCAUCAGUAUUGGCCUGCGCUCAACGAAACUCUAACACUGCGGAAUCUUACGCUUACAUCCACGGCUGAAAAUGUUGAAGACACUUUUAUAUUUCGAGAAUUCAUACUUCGUGAUAUUAAUACUGGAGAGGAAAGAGACAUAACGCAUAUGCAAUACUGCAGCUGGCCAGAUCAUGGCGUUCCUAGCGAUUGGCGACAAUUUACGACGUUUACUGAAAGAGUACGGGCAGCUCGAACAGGAAUGGUAGAACCUGCUGUUGUUCAUUGUUCCGCUGGAAUAGGUAGAACAGGUGUUUUAGUGUUAAUGGAAACAGCACUGUGUCUUAUCGAAGCAAAUCAACCAGUAUAUCCACUAGACAUUGUGCGAUCUAUGAGAGAUCAAAGAGCAAUGAUGAUACAAAAUGCUAGUCAGUAUAGAUUCGUAUGUGAAGCAGUUCACAAAGCUUACAGCGAAGGAAUAGCUAAACCACUUCCAGAAUUUAGCAGGUGAAAAUAACACAAGGUUGAAAAGCAUUGUAUUUACCAUUUUUCUUACAUUUUGCUAAAAGCAUCACAUCAUUAGAAAAUAAUUUUAUACUCUGACAAUAAUAUACAUAUAUAUUAUUGAUUAAUAGAAAAGAUAUAUACUA